AUGUUUCGACGCAGUAGCUCUAGCAAGCUCAGUCGAAGCAAAUCAACAUCAUCAGCCCACAGCAAGCAUGAAGCCAUGAAUCCUCAUAUCGCUCGUCAACACGCCCAUGUCGCAGCACAGUUAGCCUACACACGAGCACAAGAACGGAGCAGCACUGAUAUGGGCCACAGACGCAUUCAGAGCAGAACAAGAAACGAGGGGGGAAGUUGGGAACGACAGCCGUAUUCACAACAACCCGAGUACUCAACCAACGGGGAACAUGUGGUUAAACGUCAACAGAGUGUCCGGUUCGCGGGACCCAAUGCAGUGCCAAAGAAGCCGUCACACAAUAACAGAGCAAGCCAAGGUCCAAUCCAGCAUAGGGCAAGCACAUCUACUCUACGGCCAGUUGCAAUGACAACAUCCGCACCUGUCCCAGCAAUAUAUAGACCGCCCAGCCGUUCAUCGUCGAUCGGUCGAACGUCCAUGGGAAAUCCCACCGCCGAGAGUUUCGCUACUGCGUUGCAAGCAUACGAUGAAUAUUACACACAGGAAUCCGAGAUACCUUCUACCCCCUCUUCCUACAGACGUCUCCGCAAAUCAAAAUCAAUGUUCAGUCCUCUCAAAGCCGCUCCUCAUGUUUUUUACUCCAAUGGCACUCCAGAUAGGGAUACAUGUUCGAGCUUUACAAAUCGGGAAAGCAUGACUGAGGCAUCACAAACUCCAGCUCAACAAGGCAAACUACGAGCUCCUAAAUCCAUGAGCUUUCUGCGAGGGGGCCCGGGGGGAGGUAUUCGACACUCAAAUGACGAAGCAGUUCAAAUGGCUCGAGACAGGUUUUUCCAGCAGGCAACUCAAGAACGCCUGCGAUCACAACCUUCGUUCAUCUUCCGUUCAAGGACACAAAAAUCUGAAAAAGGGUUUCGAAAAUCGGUUCGAAGCAGUAGUGGUAACAGCGAUGCUUUACUAGUUGGCUACGCUAGCCAGGAAAUCUCCCAAAAAGACUCAAAGCUAAGAGACAAGGCGCGAAAAGCUUCCAAGACUCUCAAACUUACAUUCAAACGUGUUUUCGGCCGCUCAAAAGAAGAGCCAGUUGCCGUCCCAAAUCAACAAGUGGACGCUCGGGAGACUCAUGUACGGCAUCAUUCGGGCGGACCUGAUGUUGUUGAAGAUACUUUUGUGGGAGUUCCUUAUCCUGAAGACCAAGAACUUUCUCGAGUUAUGUCUCGCGUUCCAUCGCUUCACAAACCAGGCUCAGCAGAGUAUCUACAAUCUCAAGUCGGAAGCGUGCGAAGUGCUCGGAGUGGUAAGAGCGAACAGAGUGAUGACGGUUCUCGAGUUACCAGUUGGACAAGCACCGCUGUCAACACCAUCAACAGUCAGGCAUUGAAAACACUUUCAGAAAGAGAACAACAGCGUCUUUCCAUCAUCAACGAAAAUGGUACACAUAAUUCUUCAUCUUCUUUCAAAGGUGGCGCGAGAAGCCGACUCUCGGCGUAUCCUACAUUUAAUUCACAGAAUAGAAAUUCCACUGAAGUACUAAACCCGCUGCCACAACCUCCUACAGUUGAUAGCGCUAGGGUUUACUCGGCCUUAAUGAAGCGUCUGGAUGAAAAUAGCCCCAAAGCAGUCCCGCCUCUCUCGACCAGAUCUAGUGUAGACAGCAUGCAAACAGCAAAGUACGCACCUCGCAGGAGUGCAUCUGUCAAACGCGGGCGACAGCCCCAGAAAUACCCAACAAUAAGACAUGUGCCUUAUGAAGACAGUAUAGAUGAGUCGGAAGCAAAUAAAGAGAAUUAUCAUCAUGGCCAUCAUUGGGUCAAAUCAGAUUCUGUUCAUGCGGCACGCGCAGAGAAUAUCUUUGGAUUUACUGGAGAACAUACCCAUCAAUGGGUCCCAGCUGACCCUCUUCGUGAAGCCAGAAUGAGAAGUGAAGACGCCGACGAUGUUUUCUAUGGAGGAGAGGCACCAGCCGAUCAUAAUCUCGGGCGAGCUAUAUCUAAUGCGAGAAGAUCAAUCGUUUCUAUUGAUCAACCUAGCAACACCACAACUUUUUAUACAGUGCCGGAAGAGAAUGGCCGUACACCACAAGAGCUCGCUAUUUUAAAUGAACCAGUCAUUGUUGAACCGAAGAGGAUCCGCGAGUCACGAUCGACAUUCUUUGGAGGAACUUCAAUCACGGUAUCGAAAACCACUAGCCCCUACCGUCGAGCACUAGCAGAAAGACAAUCGAGCGUCAAAAACCCCAAUACCGAAGCGCAAGCUACUUGUGCCUCAAAUAUCAAUAAUCCACUUUUACCUGGGUCAGAUAACAUUUCAACUGUGGUCGAUCAUGUCGAAAAUCCAGUAGCAAGUAAGGCUGAUACUGAAAGUCUAUACUCUAGAACUACCAGUGGGCAUGCUAUGGCCGCUAACAGCGCACUCUCCUUGCUUAUCAAUGAACAACAAACGAAAUCUGAGACGGAUUCGCUAAGAAACUCCAAUACCGGGGACGCCGUAAUCAUUGAUAGGAAGACAUAUCGUCCUUCGAUGCCGGCAAGCAUCAGCUCUCAUCAUAGCAAAAACAGUUCUAUUGGCUCUAACGAAUGGAAAAGUUGGAUGUCUUCCGAAGUUGCAAAACUUGAGAGAGCCAAAGAUACCAGAGUGAGCAGACCAUAUGUCAACUACGCUCUUCCAACCAUGCCAAAAUCGUUUCCCGUGGGCCACGUUCGGGAAAACGCUCAGUAUGAUGACGAGGAAGUCCAAUUAGCGGAGAGAAAGGCUGUUGCUGUGAAGCUGCCGCUGGGUAUGGUUCAUCCACAGAACAUCAACAUUCAACAACCACCUCACCCAAAACCAAUCCUAAAGAAAGCAUCACAAGUGUCACUCAACGAAAACCAUGAUCCUAGACAUUUUAGCACUUCAAACAUCCACAUUCCAUUACCUCCGCCUAUUCCCGCUCGUUCACCGCUGCGAUCGAAACAAUCUAGAGCUUCUCUUCGCUCGGUUCAUACUAUCACACCGGGUAAUUCUAUCGUCAAAGCAUCAAGCGUCACUGGACGUAACGUUCUUCACAAGAAAUACCAUUCUUCGGCGACGCUGCGAAGCGUGAAGAGCUUCCACAGCACUGAGACGCCGGCGAAACUUGUUAAGAAAUCGGGAAGGUUGACGCCUGGUGUUGUUGGCGGGCCGAGUCCUGGGUUUGUUGAUGGAUCUACAGGUUCGGUGACGCCUAGAAGAUAUUGUGACGGGGCGGGCAGAUGGAGCGAGGAGGACAUGAAUGUGCAAGGAAGGGAUGAAGAGGAUGUCUAUAGCAUAGAUGGGGCGGGACUAUUGGGUCCAGAUAUGUGUAUUGGCAUGGGUUUGUCCAUGGGAGAAUUAUCCGAGAGUGACGCGCAAGCUGUAGGAAGUCGAAAGAUGGUGGAGCUUUUUCUUAGUAGUCGACGGAGGAGGAUUGGCGGGAGUGAAGAGGAUGGGAGUGGUGGUGGGGGUGGAGGUGCUUUUCUUUGA